AUGACCGUCCCAAACGAUGUUGCUCUAUAUGACCUUGCGAUCAAAGCAGGAGUUCCUAUGGAUAACAAAGUUUUUAGAAGAGUAUAUGGCUUGAUUUCACUGGGUUGCAGUCCAGACGUCAUUUUUUCAAUGUUGAAAUAUCUCACAUCUGUUCAAUUAGUCGAUUCUACAGAAUUAGUCGAUCGUAAUUCAGUACCCAAUAUUAGUACAACUACUAGCAGGAGUACUGAACAACAUCAGGUUAAUAGAUCGAGAUUCCUAGCAAGUCGGAAUUUAGAAUCACAACAAAGUUUUUUUGGUACUUUUAGUGAUUGUGAUCAAUAUUUUAAUGGACGGAAUUAUGAAUUAUGUAAAAUGCUGUCAAAUAAACCGAGAGUUACGCAACAUCAUCUAUAUUCAAAACCAAACUUAUAA